GUGCUUACUCUUUGUUAGCAGAUCCGUCUGCAGAUAUGUGCUCUGACCUUCCAGUCUGCUGUUAUGUUGGACAAAUAGCUGUAACUUAGUCACAAUGAGCAGUUAUCUGUACUGUCGUGUGUUUUAAGGGAAAAAAUUGUUUGCUGGGUGUGAAUCGAGUUAAGAGUGUUAUUUGGGAAGGAGAGAUGUUGUGAGAUGGAGGUGAGUGCAAGUGGAUGUGUAUUCCAGACACAAGCGAGUGGGAAAGCUCAUUGCUGUGGAACAUGGCACAGUUUAAUGCAUGUCAGUGCUUGAGGAUGCAGCAUCUUGAGGCUGACAUGUUUUAGGAAGGGGCUGUGCUGUACACAGCUUAAGACUGCUUUAGCAAACAGACUGCCAGUCAAAAAGCAAAAAACGCUGUGUAGAUAAGCCUGCCUUCUUGGUGAAGAUUCACUCCAGUCGAUCCGUGUGUUUUUAAGCCGCACUCAAGAACAGCACUAAGAACUAAAGCUGACCUGGCCCACAGAGGCUGCAUUUCUUCCCGGGCAUGUGUGUGCCAGCAGCUCUCCAACCCGUGCAGCUGCCGGCCCUGCGUGUUGGCCUGCCAGACAAUGGGAACGAAUCAUGUGAGGAAACUCGAGGUGUCAACAUUGGCUUAAUUUUUUCUUUUGCUUGUCUGUAAUUACUCUGCUGAAUUACAGGAGAUUAGUUUGUUAGUUGCAGCUGAUGAGUAGCCCUUCUAUUUUCACACCGAGCCAGAGAGCUGUGCUGUGAGGCUUGCUAGGGGUUCUUAUUGGAUUUCGGUGCAACUUUGGAGUGCUCGCUUCAUCCUUGUGACCCCAAGAUCCUCAGGAUGGCACUGAGAGCUCUGUAGCCCCUUUUGGGAUUCCUGCUCCGGCCUUAGGGAUCAAACCCUCAUAGUUUACUGCAGACUGCAAGGAGGAGCUUGAGAGAAAUUUCCCUGGAGCUGGGUGAGCCCGAGUCCUCCACAGCUACCAGCGAGGAUCUGUUCAAGGCACGAUCAGGUUACCCUAAGGGCAGGGAUUUGUCCUUGCUGCAAUUUUGACCCCACAACCACCGGGUUCUCAGCCGGAAGGCUUUAGCAAGAUGAGAAGGCCACAUCUGUCAAGGGGAACUGUCAGCAUGGCCGUCCUGGGACGGGAGGACUGAAAUAGCAGAAGCACCACAAUAUUUGGGCAGACUGCUUUUGACUACUGAUUAAAAUCUGCAGUGCGGCUGCGGUGGAAGAACAGGACAGUCUCUCCUGCUUGGUCUGUGGUAUCCAGUGUGACCAAGUGAGGUCACCAUGAACGUGACAAGUUUGUUUUCCUUCACCAGCCCGGCAGUGAAGAGGCUGUUGGGGUGGAAGCAGGGGGAUGAAGAAGAAAAAUGGGCGGAGAAGGCUGUUGAUGCACUAGUGAAAAAACUGAAGAAGAAAAAAGGUGCUAUGGAAGAACUGGAGAAAGCAUUAAGCUGUCCUGGUCAGCCCAGCAACUGUGUCACAAUUCCUCGGUCCUUGGAUGGCCGGCUUCAGGUUUCACACCGGAAAGGGCUGCCACAUGUAAUUUACUGCAGAGUGUGGCGCUGGCCAGACCUGCAAAGCCAUCAUGAACUGAAACCACUGGAAUGCUGCGAGUUUCCUUUUGGUUCUAAACAGAAGGAGGUCUGCAUCAAUCCUUACCACUACAAGCGGGUAGAAAGUCCUGUUCUACCUCCAGUGCUGGUUCCAAGGCACAGCGAAUACAACCCUCAGCACAGCCUCUUGGCUCAGUUCCGCAACUUAGGACAAAAUGAGCCCCACAUGCCACACAACGCUACUUUCCCAGACUCUUUUCAGCAACCCAACAGUCACCCAUUCCCCCAUUCGCCAAACAGCAGCUAUCCAAACUCCCCUGGAAGCAGCAGUAGCACCUACCCACAUUCUCCAGCCAGCUCAGACCCAGGAAGCCCUUUUCAGAUGCCAGCUGAUACUCCUCCUCCUGCUUACCUGCCUCCGGAAGAUCAGAUGACACACGAUACUUCCCAGCCAAUGGAUACCAACAUGAUGGCACCCGGAAUCCACCCUGACAUACACAGAGGAGAUGUUCAGGCUGUUGCUUAUGAAGAGCCGAAGCACUGGUGCUCCAUUGUUUAUUAUGAGCUGAAUAAUCGCGUUGGGGAGGCCUUCCACGCCUCUUCCACCAGCAUCCUGGUGGAUGGCUUCACUGAUCCUUCAAACAACAAAAACAGAUUUUGCCUGGGGCUGCUCUCCAAUGUUAACCGGAAUUCCACCAUUGAGAAUACGAGGAGGCACAUUGGAAAAGGUGUUCAUCUCUAUUAUGUUGGUGGGGAAGUGUAUGCUGAAUGUCUCAGUGACAGCAGUAUUUUUGUGCAAAGUCGUAACUGCAACUACCACCAUGGUUUCCAUCCAACCACUGUGUGCAAGAUUCCCAGUGGCUGCAGUUUGAAGAUUUUCAAUAAUCAGGAGUUCGCUCAACUUUUAGCACAGUCUGUGAACCAUGGCUUUGAGACGGUGUAUGAGCUUACUAAGAUGUGCACUCUGCGCAUGAGUUUUGUAAAGGGUUGGGGAGCUGAAUAUCAUCGACAAGAUGUAACGAGUACUCCAUGCUGGAUAGAGAUACACCUUCACGGUCCCCUUCAGUGGCUGGAUAAAGUACUUACUCAGAUGGGCUCUCCUCAUAAUCCUAUUUCUUCAGUGUCUUAAGGUCCCAAGCUCCUGCAUUUUGGAAACAACGAGCCUUGCGUGUACUUGAAGGACGUAUGAGUCAGACACACACUUUUUUCAUUUUUCCCCCCUGAACUGACAACAGCUGAGUAAGAGCCAUGAAAAUAAUUUACUUUUGUGACCAACUGUUGGAUUCGGGGAAGAAAACAAUACAACAAAACGCAAUGAAAAAAGAAAACAAAAACCAACCCCUUUGACAUAAUACUGUUGGUAUCAAGUAUUUUAGUUUACACAGUAACGUUCUACUGCAAAGUUGAUUUGCAGGCCUUACCAUAAAGGAGGCUACUGAGCCAGAACAACAAGCUGUUGGACUGAGUCCACAAAGGAGUUUCCUAUGGUUGGCACUCUGAGAUUCUCUUCCUUCAUGACAUCCAGCACUCACUGCUUUUUUCCCCCACGUUGUCCCCUUGGGCUAGGAGCUAAUGUUGGUGAAGCCUGCUUUUAGCAGGCUUUCUGCAGUAUGUUUUAAAAUCAUUUGUUUAAGCUGAUGGUUAUUCUUCUCUUUAUAAGACAGACAUACAAACAAAAAACAACCAAACCAAACACCUAACAUAUAGUUUUAAUACCAAUAACUUGUCAUAAUCUUGGAAACUGUGUCCUGACCGUACUGCUGUAAGAAUGUUAGGAAUGUUUUUUGGUAAAUGUAUGUAUGGUGUAUUUGAAAGUUUAGAAAUCCUUUAGACGUAGACCCAUAAAGGAAUUAGGAGUAUUUGAAUGGGGGGAAGAGGGAGUGGGAAGAGAAGGUGACAACUGAAAUGUAGAAUAUAUUGUAAACAUAGGUUGUUAGUUUAAACUGAGGUCUGAGUUUUGCUGUGCAUUUCAUUUUUAUAGUGGCUUCACCUUGAUAAUUCUGACUUUUUUUUUUUUUGCCUCUUCCUUUUUCUCCCAGAGCAAUUGCGCAGCUGGUUAAUUCUUUUUACCUCUGAAGAGGACAAAAUGAUUAAUUCCUGCAGUUGGAAGGCUGCAGCUCUAUGUAUUUCAAGACAAAGUUGUACAGUGUGCUCUUUUAACUAUUGAGCAGUUUUAUACAGUGUAUGUAACAGAAAUAGGCUUUUAAUUUUGUAAGAGAAUCUUGUUUUGCCAAAUCUAGAAACUGUUAAUUGUUUGGAGGGCUUCAGAAUCCUCAUGUGGGUCUGUUUCAAACUUUUAAAAAUAUAUAUAUUUUUAAUUUUUUUUUUUUUUACGGCUUGGUUUAUUGUCUUCUCUUUGAUCUUUUAUAUUCACGUAAGCUGUAGUACUUUAAGUACCUUUAUUCCAAACUUAGCGGCUCCUCUUUACUGGAAGUUUUGAAUAAAACCUGUUGUUACUGCUUACAUUUGAUUAAAACUUUGUCUUGUCCACUUCUUAGUAGAUUUUGACAAACCAGAUAAAGAUGUGAUCUUGGAGGAGGAACAGCUAGAAGUGAAGAGACACUGACAUUUAUGGCUAGUACAGGUUAGUAACCCUACGGAAGUUAGCAUGGGAGAUAAAUAAGCUCUCUAGAUGGAAAGACUUCUUAAUUAUAUAUUAAUAUGGAUGCAGUAACACAGAAAUUCCAGUUCAUAAAAUUUCUGUGUUUUCAACAUACAGUAUCUGAACAGAGAGUUUUGCCUUUUACAGAAAUAUCUAGCAAACUGUAGACUGUGUGGGGGUGACUGAGUCAGGACUGUUACACAUUGACUGAGAUCUGAGAAACUCAGUGAGAAAUGCUUGUAAUGUAAGAGUUCAAGUGAGAUAUGACUUCAGUUGUGACCUUCUUUUUCUCUUGUUUUAAAAUAAGUAGGUCUGAUCCCCUUCCAUGAAGUGUUUAGAGGUCUCCAUUAAAAUAAAUACUUCCCUCCUUUACAGUAUUUUUUUUUUUAAUCAUGUGGAGGUUGUUUGAAUGCCUGUGUUCCAUGGAGAAAGUGUUUGGACACAGCUGUUGUGUAUCAGCCUUCACAAUCUCUUGUGUGUUUGCCUUGUGGAGGGUAUUGCUGCCUCCCAGCUGUUUUGCUGGAGACCUGAUGGAGGUGAAGGCCAUAGUGGCAGUGUGGUUUUUUGUCUUUGCAACUUUAAUAACAUUUUUUUUAAAAUUCAUAUUAACAUGACUUUUAAAGUGCUGAUCAAGGCACAAGUCUUAAGCUUUUAAGUUAAAGGUGAUCAUAAAAAGGAAAUAAUACUGUUUCCUGUUGGCUCACUCUGCUUUUUUUUUUUUUUUUAUCUUUUCUUCAAUCCCUUCUAUAUUCACUUUCAGCUGUUCCCAACCAGGUUUCCUUCUUCUGUUGACAAAAAUUGGGCAGUUUUUGUUUUUUUUUUCUUUUUAAGUGCUACAACCACCCACCAGUCACACAGGUCUUAAGUAAUAAAAGUGUUUCUGCCUCCCCAUAUUUGGAUGAUCCCAUGAGAACUAUAAUAAACUUUCAAAUAGCCUUGAAAUAAAGACAGUUCUGUUGCAAAUGUU